GAUCUCUUCGCUGCGAAGCCAUCUUCUUCUCGGUCUCCACGCGCUUUCACCUCCGUAUUUUACUCGCGCCCUUCUCUCUCUCCUCGACCUCAUUCGCCUCGCCUCGCGUCUCGUCUCGUUCGCCCCUCGCCACCACGCAACACGCCAUGGGCGCGGCCGACGACGCCAACCACCGCCACGAGGAGGCCAGCCCCCUCCUGCCACCGGGCGGCGGCGGCGGCGGCGGCAAGAAGCUCCACCAGUCUCCGCCUCCAUCGCCUCCGGAGGCAGCCAAGUGCUGCGCCGAUGGAGUCCCCGUCGUUAUGGGCGAGCCGCUCGGGGCACCCGCACCGCCGCGGGAGAGCUGGAACUCGGGGGUGCUCUCCUGCCUCGGCCGCAACGACGAGUUCUGCAGCAGCGACGUCGAAGUGUGUCUUCUUGGAAGCAUAGCACCAUGUGUGCUGUAUGGUAGUAAUGUUGAGAGGUUUGCAGCCAGACCAGGAACUUUUGCAAACAGCUGCUUGCCUUACACUGGCCUCUAUAUGCUUGGGAAUGCUCUCUUCGGGUGGAACUGCAUAGCCCCAUGGUUCUCUCAUCACACUCGUACAGCUAUUCGUCGACGAUACAAUCUUGAGGGUAGCUUUGAGGCUUUCACUAAGCAAUGUGGGUGCUGCCAUGGCCUUGUUGAGGAUGAGGGGAACCGUGAGCACCUGGAGGUUGCCUGCGACCUUGCAACUCACUACUUCUGUCACCCUUGUGCGCUCUGCCAGGAGGGACGCGAGCUGCGGCGCAGGGUCCCCCAUCCUGGCUUCAACGGGCGAUCUGUCUUGGUCAUGACGCCACCAAAGGAGCAGACUAUGGGUCGUGGCAUGUGAACCGUGCCAAACAUCUGCUCUGCUCUAUUUGCACUUGAGCUAUUAUGUGAUGAAUGUUCUCUACUGCCUUGGUGAAACUCUGUAUGUUCGUCGGUAAAUAUGAGUCUUGUGUGAUAUGGGAUCAUGAUGGACAAUGGAAACUCCAGCCUGUUUCUCUGAAUUGUGUUGAUCGUCUUCGGUCUUUCUGUUCCGUAUGGACCGCUUGUGUAUUCUGUCAUUCUGAAUAACAUUGUAAUACUGUAUCACGUUUGUGUUGGCAAUCCACUUUUAAACUUAUCGAUGUGAA